UCGAGACGCGUCAGUAUUCGGCGCGUCAGCGUGAUGUGGCCAAGGCCUGACGCCGAAGAUCCGUCCUAUCUCACCUCGUCCGUCAGCGAACAAGCGUUCGACCGAGUGGCGUUCCCGUCAACGUCAACACAGUCCGCGGAAAUCCACCGCGCAAAAGACUCUCAUCUACCCUCUUCGACGAGUUUUCACGACCUCCUACUCAACUCCCCGGUGUCGCUCUCGGAGCUGGGCCCUCUGCGAGAGUUGUACGAAGCCCUCGAGAAAGAGACCGGCCGUUGUGACGUGUUCCGUCCCUGUGUGGCCGGCGAGGGCUGCAUCAGGUGCAGUGGCUCAGCGCUCACCCUCAACAAUUCAUGCGUCUGCCUGUGUGACAAGCCUGACUCUUGUUUCCACAACAAACUGACUUUGGCCUCUUCGUCAUCGACACUUUUCAAGCCAAGUGCUCUGCAUGUCAGUCGACUCAACUACUCGCAACUGAAGGACGAGGAUGAAGAUACCAUGAAUAUGACGACUGUGUCAGAAGCAGAAAACCGAGAUAAAUUCAAGAGGACAAAAGAACAAUCUUCGCCAGCAGGAGAUGAAAGGGAGCCGCCGACAAGCGAUGAGGACACCGUCUCUUCAAAUUGCACUUCAUCUUCCUCCUCCUCCUCCUCCACCUCCUCCUCAGCCACUUCCUCCUCUUCAUCAACGUCAUCGUCCUCAUCAACGUCUUCCAAUUUCAACGCUUUUCUAUCGUCAACGACUUCAUCGUCUUCUUCAUCGUCUACCUCUUCUUCAUCUUCCUCAGUUAUUCCCGCAUUCAAAUCGUGUCAGACUGCCGAAGAAGGGACCUUAGACAAUGAUUUCACAAGUAAUACUGAUAAACAGAUAAAGGACAGCUCAGCUACGCCAAGAACAUUGAAAGAGGACAGACUCAACUUCAAUAGUUUGAUUCCAGUUUGUGAUGAAAAGAGCUAACCCACGGCUUUUUCAAGUAAAAACUGAUGAAUUUUUCUUUCAAGUGGAAAUAUUGUUUUGACUGAAGUUGAUGAUUAAAAUUCAAAGAUAGAAUAUUUUUUUAAAUGCUAUUAAUAGGUAUCGUUUUUUUUCAACUUGUUUGUCACAAAUCUAUGCAAGAUCGUUAUCUGAAUGAAAUAAUUAUGAUAUUGGUAUCAUGUAAUAAAUUGUUCACUGUUCAGUGGAAUACCUAUUCUUGAAACCCCAUUUUCCUAACAUUCAUAAUCAAGUAAUUUUGAUAAUUUGCUCAAAGUCAAAUCCAGUCAGAGUCAAUCCAAAUUUGUAAAUUCUCAGCACAUUUUCCAGCUAUUUAUUCACUCCUAUAGCAGGUGACGUUGUAAUUUCAGAAAUCAGAAAUUCUACCUGAUGCAUUUCAGUUGAGAUUAAUCUUUUUUUUUUGUAUAAUAUUGAUUUUGAUUAUAUUAUGAAACUGUGUAUCGAUGUAUAACAACAAGAACUACAAUAGAUAUUGCAAGCACACCAAUUAUCC